CGCAUUAUUUUGUCUGUCGUGUUUUUAUUCAGCGGGACAUUGAUCAAACUUGUUUAUUUGAUUAUAUUUUUCACUUUAUCCUAAAACGAAUUAUUAAAUAGCUCUCAAAGUGAUAAUAGCAUAAUUAAUUAUUGUGUAAUAUGCAGUAACAGUGAAAUCAUGAGACGAGGUCAUACUGGGAUCGGUGGAUGGCGAAAUGAAAACACUAGACAUUUUAGGCCUCGAGGAGGUGGGAAUCAACAAUUUAGACCUAGAGACUACCAACCAGUAGAUGUACCCAGAUUCUCGCCACCAAUUACUAGAGGGUUUAGACCACCUCAAUUUGCAUCAAGGUUAAGUCAUAUAACUGAUAACUUUCCUGGAAGUAAUAGAAACAAAUCUAGAUAUAUAAGCAGAAAUAAUGUUAAUAGAACAUAUGAUACACAUAACGAAAGGCAAGUGUUUCAACAACCAAAACAUUAUUCACAUAGUGAGUUGACUAGUCCAACGAAGAGGAAUAAAGAUUCCAAUGUUUAUGACAACAGUAACCAAAGUAAUACAUGUCAUAUAAAUAGCCAUGGAGAUAUUGAUCUUAGGCAGCCAAGUGCAAAUACCAGUCGUCUAGGCCACAGACAGCAUUCAUUUACACCGUGGGCACAUCCCCCAGAACAUAAACUACAUCACUAUGAUGAAAGAGUUCAAAGUAGGCAGUAUAAGUAUACUGAAGAUGUAAAUAAGUUGCCUUAUCCAGGCCACAGACCACCUUCAUCCGACCAUUAUGGAGGUAAUCCAACCUCUAUUAUAGAAAAUUCAAAAACUUAUAACCGAACAGUAGAUGAUACUGUUAAUAUUAUAAGAAAAAGAAUAUUAGACAGAAAUGAAUCUCUACAUAUGCCUGAUAAUGUUAAUAUUGAUAAUUCUAACAACAAUUCUUUUCAUCCAGAAGAGUCUUUUGGUAAUUUUUAUGAUGUACAUCAAGAGCAACCCAUACGAAGAAGGAUCCAAAGACAAAAACAAAAGAACAAAUCAAAUUGUGACAAAAUAAAAAAUAAAAUAGUCCAUCAAUUAUUUAAAAUGGACAAAGAAAAAAUACACAAGUUAAUGGACAAUCCAAAUUCUUCUUCAAAAUUUGAAUAUGCUAUAAGCAGUCUUAUAACAGAGUCUCAAAAUAGCUACAAUCGUCAUUUGCGAUCAGUCGCUGAAAAGUCAUUGUGUGCUACUAGUACAGAAUUCAUACAAGAUGACCACAACACUAUUUAUGAGGAUACAUUUUUGAAACAAAUGCAAUGUAUCCUGGAUCCCCAGGAUACAGUAUUUCUUGAGGACAUUAAACCAUUUGUAAUGGCUGAGCUUUCCAAAGUUUUAAAUUUAGAUGAUUUUGAACAGCAACACAUAGAUAGUGAAAGUUCCAGUCAUACUAAUACUGAACAAUUUGGUUAUGAUGAGUAUCCCUCAAGUUCAACUAAUUACGAAAAUUAUUUACAAGAAUAUUCAGAUAUACCAAUAGAACAUCAAGGAAAUUCUCAUUACCAAGAACCUGAAAUGCAAAGAAUGAAUAAAAUCUCCAAAAACUAUGAUUUAGAUGUUAGAAGAAAUAAUACAUCUUAUAAGCCUAAUUUUGGACCAAGACAAAGAGCAAAAAGUUGCUCUUACAAUGAGGAUAGAGGUCCGGUGACCGAAACUGUCCGAUUUGCUAGACAUAGUCUGGACAAUAAAUCAAAUGAUACAUAUAAAGUUGAGGAUGUUCCAGUUUUGUUUGACCCAAACUCAAAAAGUUUAUCAGAAGAUGAAGAUCCCUUUGCUGAAUUGGACAAUCAGUAUCAUGUUGCUGUGGAUCCCAAUUUCCUUGCUGAUGAUACUUCAAAUUCACAACUCUCACAACGAGACAGCUCGGCUCAACCAAUGUUUGAUAACAGCUUUGCCUGUGGUACAGAGAAUAAAACUGAUAAUGUAAAGCAGGAAAUUGACAGUCAAAUUCUUAACAUUGCGAAAUCACCAUUAAAACUUAAUGUAAAAAACAAUGUUAAUGACAUUAGUGAGAGAGAAAAUAUAAACUCCAAUAUUAAUCAAAAUACAGAUAAACAAUCGGUAAGUUCGACAGAUUAUUUGAAUUCAUUCACCGUCAAUGAAAUUUGUGUUCCCGGUGAAAAUAAUGUAAGUACAGAAUCAAAGACAUCUCAUACCAGUUCUACUUCAAAAUCAAUAAGAUCAUCUAAUUCACGGAAAAGACCCAUUGACCAACAAUCAUCACAUCGUAAAGAAAAACGAAAAAAAACAAACGAUCCCCCUGACCAAAAGAGGAAAAAAGAUAGUAGAAAUGUCACCAAUGUGCCUGCAAAAAGAGCUGAACCACAGAUUCAAACUGAAAAAAAAGCGCAUAAAACAAAAUUUUUGUCAAAUAAAGGUGACAGAGUAAAAGUUAGUGAAAAAGGAUAUUCGAAUAAGUAUGUUAGACGGAAAAAUAGAAAUAAAUCUGAAAAACAUACUAGUGAAUCCAGAAAAAAGAAUACACCUACACCAUCAAGUCAUUCCAGUUUAGCUGUCCCUAAUAAUACGGUUACCAAUAGUCCGCCUAAAACGGAUCCCAAAAAUACGCUUAAAACUAUAGAUAUGUUUAUACAAAAACCAAAGAAAGUAAUUAUUCAUCAGGCUCAUCGAAACACUGCGGUGGUACCGAGUAUAAAACAUGCAUCCAGUAGUGAAAAAGAUGACCGUAAAAAAAAGGACGCGACUCGUAAAAUAUUACAGCGUGACGCCACAACUCAAGUUCAUACUGAACUAGUGUCGAAAAAUACACAAACAACUCUAGAUGUAAUUUGUACUAGAUGUUCCCAGUCUGAGGACACCAUAAUAGUGGAAAAACACCAAAUGGAUCCUGCGCACAUAGCAACAGAGCCUGUUCAAUCAUUAAAUCCUUUAGCGAGAAUGAAGGAAAUAGAUUUACAAAUCCAGAAUUUAGUAGAAGAGAAAUUAAAAUUGUAUAGAUCAUUAGGAAUAAAUGAACCAAGUGAAGACUCCAUACAAUCAUUAGGAAUAGCUCUUUUAAACAUGCCUGAAAUUGAGGAGGAAAGUAAAGACGAAGAAGUUGAGAAAGAUUGUCUAGAUUUUCCUGAAGUUAUAGAGGAAGUUGUAGAUAUACCCAUUAGUGAUCUGGUAGUAUUAGCGAAUGAAAAUGCAAAUGAAGUACACAGUGAACCACAUAGUGAAGCAAUUAACGAUAGUGAUAACAGUAUUGAGCCAUCAAAAGGUAGAAAACUCACUCGUCGACAAAUGUCAUUGCAAGAAAGAAAAAAAUCCAUCGGACCAAGGUUGACAAAGAAAGUCAAAAAAGACAAAUCACCAAAUAUUUCCCUUAUAGAACAGAUUCUCAAGGAUGAUCGACCACUUGAAGAAAUAAUAACAUUAGACGAUUUCGAGAAACCUAUGAAAACAAGGAGGAAAUCACAAAGGGUACAAAGAACAAAGAAAAAGAUUAUUAAAACACCAAGUGAACCUAUAAAUUUAAAUGAUCUUAAUAUAAUUGAAAUUAGGGAUUGCUCUGUAGUAUUAGUUAAGGAAGAUUUGGAUAAGCUCUUGGCAGAAUAUAACACGAAAUCUUCCGAGGAAGAAGUAAUGCAGUAUGAGUCAUUAGAAUGUGCGAGUUUUGUUGAAGCUGUAGAAAUUCCAGAUAAAGAAAAUUCUGAUAUUCAACUUGACAUGCUAGAUGUAUCAGAAGAUAUAAUCAUUGAUAAUAAUUACGAAGAGAAAUCAGCACAAGAUAAAGAGUUAGAGAUAGCAGAGGUUUCGAUAAGCGAAGAAGUCAUACUAGGUGACAGUCAGUCAAGUGAAGAUUCAUUAAUACCAACGCAGAGUGGGGAGAAUGAAUGCAAAACGUUUGAUUUCGCAGCUGACGAAAAUUUACGUCGUGACUCAAUAAAUGUCACGGGGCAAGCUGAUGCUGUUCUUGCUAUUGAAUGUAUAGACAAUAAUUUCGUGGCAGCGUGUUUGGAUGGAAAUGUGUAUUACUUCAGUGGUGAUGGUCAACUUAUUAAUACAUUGAAGGGAUCAAACUUAGCUGUUACUUGUCUAACAAUUGUUAAGGAUAAAUAUGAAACUACAAUUUAUACAGGCUCUUUAGACUCUAGAAUACGUUACUAUGACCUGGAGACAGGAAUUGAAAAGGGACCUGAAUGUAAUGUUCUUAGUCCGAUACAGACAAUGGACCGAGCUUGGGACACCGUCUUUGUGGGAACUAGGACUGGAUUCGUUUUGCAAUUUGAGUGUAAGAAUAACAUGCUGAUACCGGUUAGUACAGUAAAAUUCUCUGACCAAUCUAUACUGGCUCUACGAGCGAUGAAAGAAGGACCUCGUAAGGUACUUCUAGUAGCAUCAAGGGCUGAGAAUGUUACAAUAAAAGAUGCACAAACUGGACUUUUGUUGAGAACACUUGAAGGCCCCAAGAUGACAGUCUACACCCUUCUGUAUGAAGACGGCAAGGUCUACUGUGGUACCAGCAAUCAUCAGAUACAAGUCUUUGAUUAUACAGUAAGUAGUCUACUAUUCAUAAGGGAGGGCGCGCCGCGGCCCCUCGCGCAGAUUCGAGGCCCCGGCCUCAUGCUGCUCUCACUGGCUAUACUCGGCACCAAGAUAAUCGCCGGUUUCAAGGACAGAAGUCUAUGUAUAUGGAAAAUCCCACUAAGCAUACUCCAAGAGAUGAUUUUAUAAGUUUAAAUAUAAUAUGUAUUGUAGUUUCCCGUUGAUUGUUAACGUUAGUCCAUAUUGUGGAAUUAUUUUGUUAUUAAAACCUGUUUACUUUGUAUAUAAUAAAUCUUUAG